ACUCCCAUAAGCCAGUAUAAGUACUAGGAUAAGGUAUUAUUGGCACCCCCCCACCCCCCCAUAAACCAGUAUAAGUACAAGUUUAAAUAAGUUGGACCACUCUUUUCUGGGGCACGUUCAGAUACACACAGCUAAAACACCGUUUCUAGAAAAUAUUCAUUGCAACACAACUUGGUCAAGAUGCAAUCGUUGGGAGAAAGUUGUUUAAAGGUCAUAAGGUCUUUGACAUGGCCCAUAAUUGAUUAUGAGCACUGGCCAACACAACGUGUUAUAAAACAGGGAAUGAGUGCACUUUGGGGCUCGCAUAUGGAGGAAGGCUUUACGGAGGAAGGUGCCGUGAUAAAUGUGGAGUUACACUUAAUCUUGACAUUUCCUGAAUGCACAGGCAUCACAGGUGCUAACGUGGAGCAUUUCCUUGAGGCACUAUACUGGCGGUCCGGUGUAGUGUGUGAGAUAAGGACGCAUCAAUAUGACGCCCUAUCUCUCGAUCGAAUGUCACAAUGCGAUGUGUGUCAAAACCCGACUAGUGAUGAGACACCGGAUAGCUAUUUCUUCCGUACGUAUGGUGGAAUGCCAGGACGCGGCACGAGUUGUAAAGGACCGGAGCGAUCAUUUAUGAACCGUCAUGGCGAUGACCCCCACAGGCUGUGCACUCGUAAAGGACCAAUAUGCCGUAUAGACAUUGUUAUUAAUGUCUUCAAAUUUAAGGAGAUCAUUGCAAACACCGAUCAAGAGCUAAGGAACCACUUCAAUUUACCGUUCGAGGCAUCCAUCGAAUCCCGAUCGAAGUUGGUCUUUAUGCAAGAGCCAGUACGCGAUGCCAAUUUGACGUUCAUUCAGCCAGGAGACGUCUACUCUCUCGACCCUACAACCAGUGAUAGGCAGCCCGUAUUGUACGAGAUUCAUGCUAUCUCACCAUUUAGUCAGUCCUUAUUGGCCACGCGAAUAGACCUUUGUUUUAACUUUUGUGCGCUGCACCGAUUAGUGCAGGAGCCAGCGCAACAGUGGGUGAAAGAGCUAUGGCUACUCCGGUUGUUAGCCGACGACACUGGCCAUGGAGACGAUGGCGAUUAUGAGGAAAUCAAUGAACAAUGGGACGUUAAACCAAAUGCGGUAAGGUUUCAAUACCUUAAAUCGCAGACCAGUAAUAUUUCACACACCGGGUUUAUAGCCAUACACAAGGACCCAUGUCGCCAUAUGACAUCCCACAUUUACAACCAGGGAACAUACGAUAUUUUAUCUGGCGGAUUGAAGGAGGUAUUUGCCUUGCAAUCCUUAGAUAUAUAGGUACAUGUAUUAUAUUUUAUUUGACAAUCUAUGUGUGGAGAUAUAGCUCAGUGGUAGAGCAAUCGACUGCAGAUUGAUAGGUCCCUGGUUCGAAUCCGGGUGUCUCCUAAAUUUUAUCCUUAUUAGUGGUGCAAAUAUUACCUAUUGUGAGCUCGGUUGUUAUAUGAAUACAGGGUCUUUACGUCCAUAACCUAUUUGCUUGUUUGUUUGUUUGCUUAUUUAUGAUUAACCCGCCAUCUUCAAAAACAAUUUAC